UUCUUUCACGUGACAUUGGAUACUCUGCUAACUAGCUAGCUCAAAAUAAAACAGCAUACAGUAAAGCUUCCAAACGCUGCUAUGGACGGUUCUCCACCACCAGUAGACUUUGAAGAAGAUGCAGAAGCGUCUGCAUCCGAUGAAGAGCUCGAGCAGUCCCCAUUUUUGGACCCUGAAACCUCGGCGAUGGAUGCAAUCGAGCCGGAGCCAGACUUGCCAGUACCAACUACUGAUGUCAACUUGUUUGAUGAUGAAGAAGACAAGCCUCUCUCAAAGCCAGUAGAGCCAGUAGUUGUGGAGACAGCCCCUCCUCCCACGAUAGAAGCAAGUGCGGCUGACGAAGAGGAACCUGUUCAGGCCAAACCUUUAGUGGAGGAGGGGCAAGGCUUUUUCGAUGAAGAGCCACCAGUCGGCAACAAGCCAGCUGAACAGGCAAUGUCGUCACAGGAGGAGCUAGAGGAGUCGGAGAGCGGAGAUACGUUUGAACUGGAUGUUAAGGUCAUGAACCCUGAGAAAGUUGGGACUGGGAUGUCCUCGUACAUCGCCUUCACCGUAACCACGACAACCACGAUGCCACAAUUUAAACACCCCGAGAACAGUGUCAAGAGGAGAUUCAGUGAUUUCCUCGGCCUGCACCAGAGGCUGAUGGACGCUCACCUUGCCAACGGACGUAUUGUCCCUCCCGCCCCGGAGAAAAGUGUGAUGGGCAUGACAAAGGUGAAGUUCUCUAAGAGUGAGGAGAACACAGUCGAGUUCAUUGAGAGGAGGAGGGCCUCCCUGGAGAGGUACUUGAAUCGCCUUGCCAACCAUCCUGUCCUGAGGAAGGACGAGAACUUCAGAGAAUUCCUAGAGAACCCUGCAGAUUUGCCCAAGGCAUCGGACACAGCUGCCUUCAGUGGUGCCGGGUUCAUGCGACUCAUGAAGAAUGUCGGAGACUCCUUUGCCAAGAUUAGCACCAAGAAGGCCGAUGUGGAUGCUUGGUUUGAUGAGCAGCAGCAGAGUUAUGAGCUGUUGGACAGUCACUUGAAGAAGUUGCACCAAGCCAUAGAAACCAUGAUCAGCUGCAGAAAAGAUGUGUGUUUGUCCACGAAUGCGUUUGUGAAGAGUGUUGCCACACUGGGGAAUGUUGAGGAGAACGACACUCUCUCAAGAGCUCUCUCACGUCUGUCCGAGGUCGAGGAGAAAGUGGAAGGUUUUCAUCAAGAGCAGAUUCAGAAAGACCUGUUCAUAUUUGGAGAGAUGGUAAAGGACUACAUUGCCUUGCUCGGCUCCAUCAAAGAAUCAUUCUCCAUGCGUGCCAAGCUGUACAACAACUGGCAGAGUGCUCAGAGCACACUGGCUAAGAAGAGAGAGGCCGAGGUCAAACUGCAAGUGAGCGGAAAACCAGAGAAACUGGCCCAGAUCAAACAAGAGAUAGAGGAUUGGGAGGGUAAAGUGGAAGAAGGACAGAAGAGCUUCGACAAAGCCUCCAAGACACUCAAGGCAGAAGUGGAGCGAUUCGAGGCAAAUCGGUCCAAAGAGUUUAAGACAAAGUUUGUGGCGUAUCUUGAGUCGAUGAUGCAGAUGCAGCAAGAGUUGAUUCGAGUGUGGGAAGGCUACCUGCCCGAUGCCAAAGCAAUAGCUUGAGAGACUCCCACUAAAGACAUGACUAGAGAACCAUAUGUACUCUGUCUUUCAAAUUGUGGAGUUGUUGUAACAACUCUAAUUAAUUAGAUAAUUACUAUUAAUUUUUUGAUUAGCCUUCUCACUUAAUUUUUUUUAGGAACUUGAUUUGUGUACAAUGCUGGUAAUUUUUUUAGAAACACUUGAUUUGUGCACAUGCAGGUACGAACGUUGUGUCCUUUUAUAGCAGCUGGGAUUUGUUACGAUACGAUUGUCUGGCAAGUAUUACAAUUUUCCAUG